GUUUUAUUUAUUACAGCAGGAUGAGUUUAAAUGACAUCGAGAAUUGCAUAAGAUGUUUGCUUUGAAGCAAGCACAUGUAAUUUUGAAACUGCAAAACUCAUAUUAAAACCGUCAGAAAUGAAUCUAUUUUUGGAGUUUUCCAUUUGUCUAUAGCAUAAAAAAUCAUCUUAUCAUCCAUGACCUGUACGAACGUGAGCUUCUAAAAGUUUGUCGUAAAAAUUCUCCAUUGCAACCAUGAAAAUUAAGAGGUUAUUAGGAUCACUUCUUUUUAAUAUGACUUGCGUUUUACCUUCGAUUUUCAAAAGUUCGUCAAUAAUCCUGAAAAAAUUGACUCUUAUUUUAUGCUGAUGAUGCUAAAUUGUUUACAGAAUUCUGAGGAUCUACACAUAGAAGUGGUCAAUUUUUAUAACUGGUGCAAUAAUAACUCACUUGAUGUUAAUCCCAUAGAAUGUAGAUUGAUGACCUUCACAAGAAGAAGGGGGGCAAUUGAUUUUCAAUAUAAUAUUGUGGAUAACCCACACUAUGUUAUUGAAGAUCUCAGAGUUUACUUUACAUAUAAUCUUAAGUUUAACACCCACGUUGACACCAUUGUGUAUAAAGAUUCUGAUAUGGAACUGCUUGUCCUCUUCUUCUUCUUCUUCUUCUUCUUCUUCCACCUCUCCAGUUUCUUCUACGAUUUGAUUUACAUAUAUACAAGUAAACAUAAAGGUAAACCAGAUGGUAUAACUGGGGAAUUUACGGUAGUAAUACAGGGUUCCUACGAAAAAUCGAAUUCAAAAUUCUAGGUUUUGCGGG